AUUCAGAACAGACUAGUGAGCAAUGUCUUCCUCACUGGAGGUCCUUCAUCACUGCCAGGUCUCAAGCCCAGGAUAGAGCGUGAACUUCUAGCCAUGCGACCAUUCCAGUCACAUUUCAGCGUUAGUCUUGCUGGGAACCCAAUUUUAGAUGCUUGGUAUGGGGCACGGGACAGUGUGGAAGAGCUUGUAGCUGUGGGGAUCACCAGGGCUGACUAUCUCGAACAUGGAGGAGACAGGUCGAGAUAUCACAAGGAUGGAAGGAGUGGUAAACCCUUAGGGGUCAUACUGUGCAUUGGAAAAUGGGAGGCAAUCAGAUUUGACCCAAGGAAAAUAUUAUGAUCAACACUUUAGUGCUAAACCCACCAAGGUCAUAACAGUGCUGCAACCCAAGGAAAGGGAGGGUAACAUCCUUUGGACCAAGAUACCUUACUGCUGGGCAAGGUAAUUGCUGAUUUUCAGCAGAAAUCUGCAUAUUGCAGCAUUUAAUGCUCAAUACAAAUGAGAAGCAACGUCUGGAGAAGGGGGUAAUUAAACUGCAGAGUGCACUAUUAUUAUGGGAGCACUAAAUCUAGAGAGAUUAUACAGCACCCUUGGGGGGAUGAUGAUGGAAGGCAUUCAGGCUUAUGGAAGUGGAACACAGAUGCAAUUCCCUAGAUCAAGAGCCCCUCACCAGCAUCAAGGAACCUCCCGACACGGUGCACUGAAAUGACCCAUGGCUUCAUUUACGACACUAGGAAGUAAGGUUUAUACAUGUACAUGUAUAUCACUUUCUAAUUUUGGAUAUCAGAUUCAUACACACAAUAAAAAAGCUACCACAAACUAAAUCACUGGAAAAUUAUAGCCUGAUACUAUAAGAAUUCUUUAUAUAUGUGCAAAACAUAAAAAUCAUACAUAUGCUCAGUGUCUUAAUACUAACAUUGUGUUUUUACAAGCAAUAUACAAGAUCUUGGCAAAGUUUUGUACUUGAGAAAGACAUUGUAGUAUUUAUAAGUGGCUAAAACUUGCCAGUCCCCUAAUUCACAUUAAAUACCUUAUUCUAAGUCUGUACAGAAAUUACACUGAUAUACUACUGUGCUAUAUUUUUUUCUUAUUGCUUUUGCCCAUCACCCCUAUAAUCAGAUAACCAACAGCUUUCCAUUUUAUAUAAUACUUUCUUCAUGUAAGUUCAUAAAAACAAAAGAAACCAUAAAAAAUUAAAUAUAAAUAUAGUACAGGUAUAUUUAUUCAGUACUGAAAUUCAAAUGGCAUACCAUCAACAAUAGCAAAGAAAAGACAUGUUGCAGAACAAUCUUCUUAACCCAGGACACUGCUCAACAUGAUGUCACAGUACGAACUUCUGCAAUGUGUCUUUUCUUCACAUAAUUCAGUAUUAUAAGGACAGAGCAUGUUGGUAUGAAAAAUUAGUGUAUAAGCAGAGAGAAACAAAGGGAAUAUUUGUAAAAUGUAUGUACUUGUGCACCAUGUUUAACAUUAAACUUUGCCAUAGAGAAAAAACCAAGUCAAUUUUACACUAGUCUUGCAACAUUAAAAGAGCAAUCCAAUAUAAAGAAAGCCAAAAUUUUAAAAUUUCAGUUGCCAAUAUCUUCAAAGCAAGCACUAAACAUCAUACAAUUCUUUAUAAAAAAAUAAAAAACACUGUACUAUUUAUCACCACAAUAGAUAGGUAUUCGGUUUGUAUAAGGCAAAAUCUCAUACAAGCUAACAGAUCAGGUAAGAAACUUUUUUUUUUUUUAAUAGUAAUCUACUGCUCUGUGAAUUAUCACCAUUGUCUAGUAAUAAAAAAAAUUUAUUGAUGUGGCAA